AUGUCUGAUGGUCCUGAGACACUCGCUUCUGCGGUAGCUGUACCUGAUCAAGAUACCGAGCCACAAUCUCCCGAGUUGACUGCGAAGAGAAGACAGUCUUCAAUCGCUGAAUAUGAUGCCAAGCGCCGGCGACUCAGCUCUCAGGGUGAUAUCUCUCCGCAGUCCCAGCGUGGUCGCCCCUCGUCACCUGGGGCUAUAGCAAAUGAGCCCGCCGGGCCAAGGCCUGUGCGACCCCGUGGAGCUGGAAGGGAGGAAGAUCGGAAGCGGGGCCAGCGAUUAUUCGGUGGGUUACUGGGUACUCUUUCGCAGAGUUCGAGUACCGCAGCUCAAAGACGGCGUGCGGAUAUUGAGAAGAAGCAGCAGGAGAAGCUGAAGACGCAGGAUGUGCAGUACGAUGAGUUAAGGAAACGGCGGAAGGAGUUACGUGAAGAGGUCAGGAGGAGAGAGAAGCCAUUGUAUGAGCGAGAGGCGAUGCAAACCCGGCACUCCAAUAUGCUUGCUAUAGCACACUUCCUUAAGACACGGACAGAGCCGGUCCUGUAUUACAAACCAUGGCAAUCGAGACCUGGCGAUGAAUCAAUCAUACAGCAGCAAAUCGAGGAAGCAAAGGCGACUAUUGCACGUGAAGUUGCUGAGUUUGAAGCCCGAUACCCCCCAGAGGCCUUUGCACCGGAGCAACCCACACUGGCUGAACCACAACAGCAACCAAACGAGGAAAAGACGCAAGAGCCCAAAGCAGACACACAAUCAGAUGGCCAGCAAGUCCCGCCACCGGCUCCAGAGCCCGAGGUAACUCCGACAGACACAGGUUCUAAGGAAACAGCUGAAGGUGCUCCGGACACGGUGGGUGUAGAUGCUAAUGACCAGAAGCCCAUUCCACCUACCACGGAUGAAACCACUAACGUGGAGGAAGUUGCCACUCAAGACCAGACCGAUCCCCACCGAGAUGAUGACGGAGGCGAGGUGCUUGAGGACAAUGAGGAUACUGUGAUUUAUUAG